AUGACGGAGGCAGAAGACCAUGGCAUUACGCUUCUCGUCGCACAGUACUUCCAGCUGAUAGACCCCAAGGGCCUUGCCAUACCACCGCCAUGCAUUCUCAAACGCCCGUCCGUCCAGGCCCAGAUCUAUAAUGAAAUGUUUGACGAAGACACCUUGUCACCUAUAAUCCCUCCGGCAGGCUACCGGUUACGAGUAUUAAAGAAUAUUGUCACUAGAAUUGAGGCUAGCGAAGAGUGGGACCCAGAGGAAGAUGAAAUAAUCGAGUCUCUAAUGACCGCUUUCACGACGCUCAUGUCUCAACCGCCAGACCCGUCCUAUGCAGCAGACGGAAAAUCUACUCCCCAACUGUCCUUUGUCAAAUACACACUCCCCCAAACACCGCAGUCCCAAGAUUCCGUCGUGACCUCCGAGUCUCGGGGCCUUCUCUACGGGUUUGGCUCAACGGGGUUUCGCACUUGGGAAGCAGCACUGCAUCUUGGCACAUAUCUGUGCUGCACAGAAACCGGCCAGGCGCUCAUACGAGGUAAAAGGGUUCUCGAGCUCGGUGCCGGAACUGGAUUCGUCUCGUUGCUAUGCAAGAAGCAUCUUGAUGCCGAGAGGAUGCUGAUGACUGACGGGAACGACAAGCUGGUUGAGCUAUUUAAUUCGACUUGUUUAAAGGCGAACAAACUCACAGAUGAUGCACACAUACAAGGAAAAGUCUGGGAAUGGGGGACGCCUUUAUUCCAGGAAGAAAGUUCUCCGGAACAGUUUGAUAUUGCAAUUGGCGCUGACGUGACAUACGACACCGCCAUAAUCCCGCUUCUCAUGAACACAGUCUCCACACUAUUCACAUCGCACGGCGUCAAGAAAUUUGUCUUGUCGGCGACGAUUCGGAACAAGGAUACGUUUGGUGCAUUUCUUGCCGCUUGCCGAAAGUAUAAUUUCCGCAUUGCAAAAUUUCCGUAUGAAUCUCCGCCACCGGAGGACCAGAUUGGGUUUUUUCAUGAGACGAGGAUCCGAAUCUGCACUUAUAUGGUUGAGCCGUGA